UACUAAGGAAAGUUCUUAAAGGUUUUUCCUUUUUUGUUGUUUUUACACGUGUUUCGCGAUGUUUCGUUUAAAUUUGCAUCGCCUUCAAGGUUAUUUUAUUGGUAGCGUUCGGAACACGCUCAGACGGCGUCCAUUACAGGUCAUAAAUGUAGUGCAACAUUUGGAAAAAGAGAAUCCAGCUGGUGCCAAUUGUUUUCUAUGGAAGCGUCUCAUAAGUCAAUAUCAGUUUCGCACCAAGAAGGAAGUCUAUUAUCCGGAUCGCAGAUCGGAGAUGAGGCGACCGGGAGUGCCGCCAAAACCUAUGUCAAUUAUGAGGCCACAGCAGCAAUAUCAGCAUCGUGGUCUGCCCAAGGAUUACUAUUACAAGGUGCUGGGCGUGAAUAAGCAUGCGACCGUACAACAAAUACGCAGCGCCUUCUAUGCUCUGGCCAAACGUUAUCAUCCGGACUCCACGCACUCGGAGGAGAAGCUGAAACACUUUCAAGAACUCUCCAAUGCCUACAACAUUCUGACGGAUGAAACAAAACGUUUGGAGUACGAUCAACUGGGCGGCAUUAAGGAUGAGCAGGCAUUCCUCGAGCAGGCAGGCAAUCCCAUGAGCUUGGAUAGAAAAUUUGAAGGAACAACAAAUCCUAACCAAGAUGAAAUUAAAAAGUUAACUGGCAACGAGUUCGACCUGACGGUAAGUUUUGUGGAAGCCACCACGGGUUGCAAGAAGCGAGUGGAUCUGCGUUAUUUACGCAAGUGCGACAGCUGCAAGGGCAAAUCCCAGUUGAUGGCCAAUCGGGAUGUGGGCAAGGAGCCAUGUCGACGCUGUAAUGGCACCGGAAAGGUCACAACCAAGACGGUCACCUUUACAGCGGUCAACACUUGUGGUCAGUGCAAGGGCAAGCGAUAUAUCAAUCGGAACGACUGUGAGACAUGCGAGAAUCGUGGCUAUAUAGUGGCCAAUGUUGAGGUGCUUGUCACAAUCCCAUCUGGAUCUCAGGCCGGCGAUGUCAUCACCAUUGAGAAUCCCAAUACAAAGCAACGUGUCAACUAUCACCUGAAGGUGCCAUCCAGUGAUUACUUUCGCCGUGUUGGCAACGACAUAUUCACGGACAAGUAUCUCAACAUUUCGGAUGCGAUUUUAGGUGGCAAUUUCCAGGUACGCGGUCUUUACGAGAAUGUCGAGGUGCGCGUUGAGGCCGGCACUCAGUCCCACACUCAGGUGGUGCUGCGUAACAAAGGUGUGCGCUCUCGGGAUGGUGUCGGCGAUCAUAUUAUCACCUUGAAAGUCCGCAUUCCCCGCAAUCUGUCCGUGAAGCAGCGUCAACUCGUUUUGGCCUUAGCCCAGGCGGAGGAGCCGGUUUUCGAGUGUCAAAAAAAUAACACUAUGAAGUAAUUCAAUCCAAGUAGUAGUGCUUUCUUAGCAAAGCCGUGUUUUCAAAUUCUCAAUGUACCAAUCUUAGUUUAUUUUAAAUAAAGUUGGAGCACACACACAUUAUAAAUAUA